CAGAGGCAUUCAGUUCUUACUGGCUGCUGCCGCGGAAAGUGUUUAAAAAUUUUAACUAAAACAUAAACGAGUUACAGCUAACAAAAAUUAUUAAAAAAUUUCAAUCAAGCGUAGGGGAGGCUAUUAAACAGAAAACUACAAAAUGAGUGUUCAAAAAUUUGAGCAAGAAGUGCUUGAUGCCCACAAUACAUAUCGUUCCAUGCACGGAGCUCAGCCUCUGAGACUGAGCCCUAAACUGAACCAAUUGGCCACCGAAUGGGCUCAGUAUCUGCUGGCAAGGAAUUGCAUGCAACAUCGACAGAAUAGUGGCUAUGGCGAAAAUAUCUACAUGGCCUCAGGCGGUAAUCUGGAGGGCAGUGAUGCAGUGAGAUCCUGGUACGAGGAAAUCCAUCAAUACAACUGGAACCAUCCCUCAUUCCAGAUGAACACUGGUCACUUUACCCAGGUGGUGUGGAAGGAUUCCACUGAACUGGGAGUUGGGUUUGCCAGAAGAGGAAAUACCAUAUUUGUGGUCUGCAACUAUAACCCUCCAGGAAACUAUAACAAUAUGUACCGACAGAAUGUUUCUCCUCGAAUUCGUUAAAAACUUCGAGUCUGAAUGGAUAAAAAUCAUUCCAAAGAAAUGCAUUGAAAUUGAAACCUAAGAACAAAAACCAAAACAUAUUCAGAAAAUAAAUUUUAAUAAGAUAAUAUGUAUAUAACUAUAAAAUAAAUACAACAUAAUUAGGAAAGAGAUAUUAGUAAAAGAGAAUCAGAAAUAACACAAACCAUAGAACAAACCUUCUCUCGAGAAAACUAAAACCAUAGUUUAUUUUAAUAAAAUUUUUUUAUUUAUUUAUGUAUUUGAGCUAAA